GCGCUUCUGCUGCUGACUGAAAGAUUACGGGCGCCAUCUUGGAUCGGGGAGUUUUUUUUAACUGGAAAAGUCAAAGAACAGGAACAACAACGAAAAAACAACAACUAUAAAACAUCAGCAAACCCCUACCGUUCGGAACCGCGGCGAAAAUGACACUCGCUUUGAAGUCAUGACAUCUGUUUUAAAAUACCUUUUCGAGACUCGGACGGAGUAAAACAACAACAGACAGUGUGUAGCAGGGAGACUCCUCUCGUCAGCUGGGAAAGUUGUUUUGUUUGUGUUAGCUCGUUCGCUAACUCCUUUACCUGUCGGACAUGUCAUCAGCCAAUCCAGACAUGCCAGAGUCGAUGGCCACAGCAGCUGGAUCUCAUGCUAACAGUACCGCCGUCGUGCCAAAGGCCAACAAACGACAAGCCACCUCGGACUAUGACGACGACGAUGAAAGCAAGUUGUUCAGGUGUGAUGAUGAUGGAGGCGGAUCCAAUGACAAGGAGAGGUUUGCCAGGGAGAACCACAGCGAGAUCGAGCGCAGGCGGAGGAACAAGAUGACCGCUUACAUCACGGAGCUGUCAGACAUGGUGCCCACCUGCAGCGCUCUGGCACGCAAACCAGACAAGCUGACCAUCCUGCGCAUGGCAGUGUCACACAUGAAGACGCUCCGAGGAAGCGGCGGCGAUGCAGCACACAAACCCUCCUUCCUCACAGACCAGGAGCUGAAGCACCUGGUUCUGGAGGCGGCGGAUGGGUUUCUGUUCGUGGUGUCGUGUGAAACCGGCCGUGUGGUUUAUGUGUCAGACUCUGUCACACCGGUUCUGAACCAGGCUCAGUCGGAUUGGCUGGGAUCAUCGCUGUACGACCAGCUUCAUCCAGACGACACCGAGAAGCUCCGAGAGCAGCUCUCCACCAGCGAGAACAACAGCGGCGUAGGCCGGAUGUUGGACAUGAAGACAGGCACGGUGAAGAAAGAGGGCGGGCAGGCCGCUGUGAGGAUGAGUAUGGGCACACGCCGCUCCUUCAUCUGCAGGAUGAGAUGUGGAGUGUGUCCCGUAGAGCCGGUGUCCAUGAACAGACUCAACUUCCUGAGAAGCAGAAACAGGAAUGGACUGGGUGCUCCUAAAGAGGGCGAGCCGCAGUAUGCGGUCGUGCACUGCACAGGCUUCAUCAAGUCCUGGCCUCCUGCAGGUAGCAGAGGAAGUGUCUAUUGUUCAGAGAGAGCGGAGCUGAACUCCCCGCUGUCCAGUCAGAGCGCAACUGAGACGCAUACUGUCCCUUUAUCUUCUCUCUCAGGAGUGAGUCUGUCUGAAGAGGAGCCCGAUAACAAUCAGGGAAACCGUUUCUGUCUCGUCGCCAUUGGAAGGCUUCAGGUCACAUGUUCCCCGAGCGACACAAACAUAAGUAACAUCAGCGUUCCAGUGGAAUUUAUUUCCCGCCACAACUGUCAGGGUCUCUACACCUUUGUGGAUCACCGCUGUCAGGCGAUGAUCGGCUACCAGCCUCAGGAGUUACUGGGGAAGAACGUUCUGGAGUUUGCUCAUCCAGAGGAGCAGGGUUUACUGCGAGACAGCUUUCAGCAGGUGGUGAAACUGCGAGGUCAGGUGCUCUCGGUGAUGUUCCGCUUCCGCUCUAAAUCCCACGAGUGGAUCUGGAUGAGGACCAGCUCGUUCACCUUCCAGAACCCUUUCUCUGAGGAGAUCGAGUACAUCAUCUGCACCAACGCCAACGUCAAUCGAGGGAUGAAUCAGGACUCCCUGUCCCCCCUGUCCUCCCCUUCACUGGGGCAGAGCAGUCCCCACUGCCCCUCCACCCCCAGCCCAGGCCAGGUCACAGCCAGGCAGAUGCAGCAGCAGGCCGAGUUAGACGAGGGGAUGGGACGAGACGCCAGUCAGCUCGCUCUCGCUCAGGCUCCGCUGCAGACUGUGAGUGUAGUCAGUCCGGAUCACAACUCUAAGGCCGUGUCCUCCAGCGGACAGCAGCUCUACCCUCCAGCUGCGUCUUUCCCCAGCUCUGCUCAUCACAGUGAUCCCUUCAGGUCAGCUGGGAUGGCUCAGCAGAUGGCUCCUCACUCGGCGGGUCAGAUGCUUGCACAGAUGUCCCGUCAGAGCACACCGUCUGGAGUCAGUGGCAGCAACAACAGCCCCAUUCAGCCCCAGACGGGUCCCACAGCGCCUCCUGGAGUCUGGCCUGCUGCACAACAGCCCUUCAACACACAGCAGAUGGCAGGUCAGGUUGGGAAGAGUCAGUCUCCUCAGUUCAACAUGGGAGGUUUCAGCUCUGCCCCUACAUCCUCCACUUCCUCUUCCUUUGGCCAGAUGGGCGGGGCUUCUGCUUCAAUGGCCAACGCAUCCAAUUACCAACAAAUAAACAGCCACAGCAACCCUUCAACUAAUGGAUUCGGUGACAUGAAUCAGAUGGGAGCGCAGUUCAGCUCCAGGCCAGGGUGGCAGCAGUGGCAGACUCAGCCACACACACAGAGCACUGCAGACACACACCAGCAGCCUCGAAACAACCAGCCAGAGAUGUUUCAGGAUGUGAUCUCCAUGUUGGAUCAAACCGGCAGCUUCAGCAACGAUGAUUUCGCCGAGAUCCCCAUGUUUCCUCCUUUCCCCGAGUAGUGGUCCCGCUUCCGGUCACUUCCUUUACUUCCUGUUGCUCUCUGACGCGCCAUUUCUUACUCUCUUCACCAAAUCGAUGACAGAGCUGAGGCACAGAGGGGUCUGAAAAAGAGUGAGACUGAUGCAUUGUGAGAAUGGAAGUUAUAAGCCAUAAUGUGAGGAUCCAGACAGACAGACAGACGUCUCUGAAAUGUGUUCACUUUAAAAUCAUGCACACUUCGAGCACAAGCGUACACACACAUGCUUUGAUUUAUGAGAUGGCCACACACACACACACACACACUGUCUCUGACUGUGAUUGUGUAGCGAUUGCACUGCUUUUGACCCAAUGAUGAAAUGUGUGAGAACUGACUUCUUGAGUCUGGCCUCAGAAAGCUGCUGUGAAUGUGUCCAUCAGGUUUAUUGUUACGCAGAAGCUGCAGCUUGAUUGCAUUCUUUGUUAUUGAUGAAUUGACUUUAUUUCCAUUCAUAACUUGUCAUUUGAAUCGAAUUGAUUGUAAUAACUGAACUGGCUCAACAGGAUGUUGAAUUUGAUAAACAGGAAGAGGAAUUCCAAAUAUUUCUGAAUUGUAAUUUUUCAUUUUAAAUAAUCAUCUAAUGUAAGUCAUACUUGUUAAUGUUUUUAAAAACUACAUUGAAAUUGUAUUAUUUUGCAGUGUACUUAUUACACAUCAUCACAUGUUCUUACUGUAGUAAAUUAUGCAUAAUAGCAUGCAGUUAACCUUGAAAAGACCCUAACAUUAACUCUAAUUAUAAUUUCUCAGUACUUAAAUGUAUUUACACUGUAAGGACUGCUUCCUUCAUCUGUUCUGCAUCCUGUUUGCUACCUCAGUUCAAAUUCAGAUGUGUAAUAAAAGGCUUGGGAUGAUGUUGGUGCAGUAAUCAAUCAAUAACGAGCAGGAUCUGUGUACCUCAAAGCCAUUUUGUCACUAUGAUAAUUAUUAUCAUAAUGUUUUGUUGUAAUAUAAGAAAUAACCUUUAAUGCUUUAUCUGGGCUGUUUUCCGUCGGACUUGAUCUCUUCGUGUGUUCAUUUGGAAAUCGUUAUUCUUAAUUAGUCUUGUACAGAGAAUAUUCCUCAGCUGUUAUUGGCGGGGUUUUCUUUAGAUCGAAAGCUUUUUAAUGAAAUGUUUGAUGUGUGCUUUUGGAUAUGGGUGUGUCUGCGUCUUUUUUCAGUAUUUCUGUGCAUUAAAUCGAGUGCUCGUGUCACUUUUUUCUUUGGAUAUGAAAGGGUCAGUGCUCUGUUUUUUUCUUCUUCUGUGUUUUCACAGUUUUGAACUGCAGUUUGUGUACAACCUAGAAAAAUAAAUGUAUAUGUAUGUAAAUGAAAUAUAAAAAAUACUAUCUGAGUUUUUUUUAUUAAAUUCCUACUGUCAAAAAAA